UGAUACCUGACCAGCCAUACGCGAAGUCCGGAGACGGGAUAUUUACACUGUCUUGCACAUUUGUGAUUUGUCCACGGAAUUCUACAGGAUGCACAGAGGAACGGGCCUGCUUUAUAUUUUUUUAGGUCUGUUGGUAUUGCUGGUUUCCACUGCAUGGUCACAGAAAAACAACAUGUCUACACCCAAUGGAACUGGAAGAACCUUUCCUAAAACUCAGGCGACAUCAUCACAAGUUGUCAAAAAAGGUGAUCCUACUACACCAAUGGUACAGUCACCACCAAAACAACAACAACCAGUUGCUUCAGCUGCAGCGGUCCUUCCUAAAACAACCCACAAAUCAGUGCGGAAAACCGUGAUGCCCGCAGCACGAGUUCCUUUAAACAACCCUGCUCCUAGGCCAGCGUUACCACGAGAUCCCAUCGUGCAUGCGCGACGUACGACACCAGAACCAAAGGAGCUUGAUGUUGAAACAACCACCAGUUAUUAUUAUAAUGAUUAUUAUAACUAUAACAACUAUAACAGUGGUUUCGAUGGGAAGAAUGGUAGUGGUAAUAAUCAGGAGACUGCAGGGGACAGCACGUGUCCAGUGUUCAAAGAGACCAUCAUGGAACAUCACGUGAUUUUACGACGUGAUGGAUGUGAAAUCAUUUUAUCACAGGAUGAUGCUCUUCGAUGGUUUGGCAGACCGACAAGGCCGUUAGUGUACUCCAGGAAAUUCUUAUAAGGAUACUUCUGAAAAUCAGACCUUUUUAAAAGAUGAAGUUAGUUUUAGCAUGAACAGUUCGAUAUUCACGUACCAUAUGUUCGCUAAUUACACUUGAUUGUCAGGAGACAGGUGCAAGAAACCCCUGCUGCAAUAUCUGCAUGAUCAUUCACAUCUUUCAUUGAAUUAACACAAUGAAAACUUAUUAGCUCUUGUCAAAGAAACUUUCUUCUAAAGACAACCACUCAUAUUUCAAGAUGAUUCACUCGGGAAUUUCUAUGAUAUAUGUUUCUUUUCGGUCAAGAAAAUAUAUUUGUAGUUUUCAAUUUUGUAAAAUUGAUUCAACAUAUUCGGUAUUGUUAAUUGCUAUAUAUGGUAAUGUUUUAAGAAACAAGAAACGGAAUGGAUGAUGCUGCAGGUCACAAUCUCACUUACGAUCAUUAUAAUGGAAUUUUCAAAACUUUGCAAAAUAUUCAUUCAAAUUAUAUUAACAUUAUUCAAUAUGUACAUGUGUGUCUAUUGCAUAUAUUAUUUACUAUUGCUAUUUUCUUUACAUUGUAAAUAAAUUUGGAUUCUUGACGCCACUGUAGAAUAAAAAAAAAUAUAAACUUGUUACAUGCAUGUGACGAAAGAAGAUUUGAAAUAUCUAACAAUAUAUCAUCGCACGCAAUGUAAUAGUCAAAAUGCAACAAAUAAUUGACAACUGGAUUUAUUUUGUAUUCAUAAGUA